AUGCUUUUACUGAUAGAACAGCCAAGUACCAAGCAACAUGAUGCUACCGGAUCUGAUACACGAAAUGGACAGCAUCUUCUAGAAUACAGUACACCUGAGGAAGAUGAAGAACCGGACAGUGGCGAUGUAAUUGCACCAACAGCUGUGAAGAAAACAGUAUCUUGUGCUCAGAAAUUGGAUCAGUUCUUGGUUGGCAAAUCAAAUUCAUCUGAAUAUUCGGAUCGGUGGAAACGUGAGUUCAGUGAACGACCGUCAUGGUGUGAUGCAGACAUGGCUUUGCAGCAAAUUAAACGGGGUAAAGCACGUGGCAACAAGGCAGCUUUAUAUUCGAGAAGUUUAAUCCAAAAAGCCUUAUUUGCUUUGGGAACAUUUGUGCAUCAUCAUGCAUGUCUCGUUAUAUUCACUGUUGUAAUGUUCUUCGGUUUCUGUUGUUGUGGGUUACAAUAUGUUCGGAUCGAAACAGACAUCGUCAAGUUAUGGGUUGCACGUGGUGGCCGACUAGAAGAAGAGCUUAAUUUCUUGUCAAGAAUAGAGAAAUUGAGUUCGGAUAAAGCGCACGGUGAAACUGGUCUUGGUGGUGCCUAUCAGGUUGUGAUACAUACUCCUAUAGUUGAAGGUGAUAAUAUACUUACGCAAGAAGGCUUACUAGAACAUGUCACAAUUUUGGAGCAGAUUGCGAACUAUGAAGUGAAUGUCGCUGGCGAGAAUUGGACCCUUGCGGAUCUAUGUUUCAAACCACCGUCACCGAAAAUUGACAACUUGUUUGCGUCUCAAUUUUUACCACUUAUUGAUAAAAUAAUACCAUGCAUUUGGAUUACACCGAUUGAUUGCUUUUGGGAGGGAUCAAAAGCGAUUGGACCACAUCCCAGUAUUGAAAGCAGUUCGCUUGGAUUUGGGAAAGAAUUUUUGACAUCACUAUCAAAUGUGGACACUUUAUCAUGGUCAAACAUCGAUCCGCAAGCACUUCUGGAUGAAUUGGCCGAAAUUUUGGACUUAAAUAAUUUCAACAGUUUUUUCCAUCGGGCUAAUAUAGGCAGAGGUUAUCUUGACCGCUGGUGCAUUGAUCCACUCAAUCCGGAGUGUCCUAUUGGAUCACCUAACCACUUUGCUUUUUGUGACCUGAUCCCUAGAUUUUUGGAAUAUGCAAAGGAAAAGGAUUUUGAAAUACCGGUUGAUCCAGAAUAUCUUCAUCGUGAGGAAGAAAAGAAAAAUCAAGACGAAUACAGUCUUUUUCAUUUCUUCAGCAAAAGGCAAAAGAGGAGCCUGAGAAAGUCGAUUGGUAAUUAUUUGAGCGUAGACGAAAUGUCAAAUUAUACAAAUCAAGCUGAGCUUUCCUUUAGCGAAGAUAAAACUGUUGAAACGAAUGAAACGAAAUAUGAGACCGUUCAUUUCAUUUCAAAGCAUGCCGAAAAUAGCACAGAUAACCAACAAAUUCAAACUCCAGUGGAAGCAGAAUCUACCGUGUCAUCAUAUCGUUCACCAGGAACAACAACAAAUCCAAAAAGAGGUUCAGUCGCUCAUCAGGAUGACAGUGAUUUUCUGUAUGACGAUGAUGAAGAUAAAGAAUUUAAUUUAAAUGCCGAAAUUUGCGCGAAAUAUGCACGACCUUUUUCGGAAUGGCUUCGGAAUAAUACGGAUAAGUGGCAUGAGUUCCUGAAAUUGCAUGAAAUGCCUAUACUUCCUAAGUACGGUGAAGUAAUGACUGGUGGUUGUCAUAGUUUCGCGAAAGAUAUCAUGUCAUGGCCACAGGAUCUGAUUAUUGGUGGCGUUAAGAUGAAGAAUGGUACGAUUAAAAGUGCGGAAGCUUUGCAAAGCGUAUUUUUGGUUGCUUCGCCCACUGAUAUAUAUAAUCGUUUCAAGGAUGGUGAUAGGAUUUAUUCAAAACCAAAUUUAAAUCUAAUGCAAUGGAAUGUGACUGUGGCAGAAAAUGUGAUAAAAACGUGGCAACGUAACUUUACAAGCAAUUUGUACAAUCACCAAUCGAACUUUGUCGUCGAUCAGAAAAGUGAUUCAAAAAUUGUCCAUCGUCGCAUACACCCAUUAGCAUCAACAUCAGUGACCGAUAUGUUAGAACAAUUUUGCAAAUUCAAUUACAGCAUCAUUUUUGUCGGAUACUUUCUGAUGCUGAUCUAUGCAUUGCAAGCUCAAAUGAAAUGCCAUGGAUGCAUGUUAGCUGUUGAUUCAUGCAUAGGUUUGGCUUUUGCUGGUGUCUUAACAGUUACCUUUGCAUCAGUUGCUGGUUUAGGCCUUGCCACAUGGUUAAGUAUCGAAUUCAAUGCUGCUACCACUCAGAUAGUGCCAUUUCUAACACUUGGUAUUGGAGUGGAUAAUAUCUUCCUGUUAUUGCAUAAUUAUCACAAUGUAAUGGAAAAUGUGAAGAAGGAUGAAGUCGGUAUGUUAAUGAAAGAAACCGGUAUGAGUGUUAUGAUGACAUCCAUCAAUAAUAUUCUCUCGUUUCUUGCCGGAACAUUGUUGCCAAUCCCUGCAUUACGUGCAUUUUGUGCGCAGUCUUCUAUUCUUCUGACUUUUAAUCUAAUUGCUGUGCUUACGAUUUUCCCAGCAAUUAUAUCUAUUGAUUUAUGUCGUCGCAAAAGUUUCCGUCGAGAUGUUUGUUGCUGUUCGGUGACAAGGAAUUCAUUUGUGAGGGAAAGCAGUUAUAUGAUUGAUGUCGGUGUCAAACCACAUAUUCAAGAAAAAUUAACAGUUGGUGGAAUAGUGCCUUCAUAUCAUAAUCUAUACUCCUCUAACGAUCAUGGUGAUGACAUGGAGGACGAUAUCGUUAAACCUUGGACUCUUCAUGCUUUCCUUCGGCAUUACUACAUACCGUUCUUGAAAAAGAAAAUAGUUAAGAUAUUUGUCAUCAUGACCUGCUUGUGUUUGUUAUUUGCCGGAUUAUUUGGAUUGCACAACACUACGUUUGGUCUUGAAAUGAGCGAUAUAUUACCCGAUCAGACAGCCCCGGCUGCUUUUCUGAAAGCUCGGGAUCGUUAUUUCAGCUUUUACCCGAUGUUUGCUGUAUUACGUGGACCGAACGUUGAUUAUGCCAAAAAUCAGCACAAAAUCGAUAAUUAUCGUUUGAGUAUUGGCAGUUCUCCUUUUGUCGUAAAAAAUAGCGAGAACGAACCAAGCGAGAAAUAUUGGUUAUCGGUGUUACGGGUUUGGCUGAGAAAUUUGCAGCAGAAGUUGGAUCAGGCAAUAGCCGAUGGUUUGAUUGAUUCAUCAACGGGUGCAGUUGUGGGUGAAGAAACUGAUUUUACGGGAGUAACCGAGAAAUUGCCGACUGAUGUCAAUAUUGCAUAUCGAUUAGCAUGUAGCUAUGGAUAUACGUACAAUUGUACCGGCCGUAUUGGGAGAGUACGUUUUGUAGAUGAAAGUGGAACGAUUAAUAUUGAAAGUUUUUACAACUAUUUAACAGCCUGGUAUAAUUCCGAUAAAAUCAUGUAUCAUAUAUCAUUAGCUUCAUUCAUCCCUUCACCACCGGAGUGGACGAUCGAAGAUAAAACAGCUCGCUUAGUUCCGCCAGCAGGUCCAUUUGAAUACAGCCAAAUACCCUUUUAUCUCACAAAUCUAUCCAGCACACCAGUUAUCAUCGAAAUGGUUAAAGAAAUUCGUACUAUUUGUGACGAAUUCAGUGCUGAUGGUCUACCGAAUUUCCCAGCUGGAGUUGCAUUCAUAUUUUGGGAACAAUAUUUACAUUUGAGUACCAACCUUUUCCAAGCUAUUUGUGUAAUAGCAUUUGCUGUAUUCUGUGUGAUCUCUAUUAUUAUAUGCAACCCGUGGGCUGCUGGCAUUAUUUUAAUAAUUUUGCUGCUAAUGACUGUUGAGCUCACCGGUUUCCUUGGUUUGGCUGGUAUCAAAUUGAAUCCUAUCUCAGCUGUAACAGUUAUCACUGCCGUUGGUAUUGGAGUGGAAUUUACUGCACAUGUUGUGCUGGCAUUUUUGACAUCACUUGGUACCCGAAAUGAUCGAAUGGCAUCUUGUAUCGAUCGUGUUUUUGUUCCUGUUAUUCAUGGUGCUUUUUCAACACUGCUUGGGAUUAUUAUGCUUGCUUUUUCGGAAUUUGAAUUUGUUGUGAAAUAUUUUUUCGUAGUAAUGACAGCAUUGAUUUUUAUUGGCGUUAUCAAUGGUCUUGCUUUGCUACCGGUAUUAUUGUCACUUAUUGGACCACCAAGUGAGAUUGAACCAUUAGAUGGAAGUCAUCGCUUGUUUGCUCCGCCGCCCAUACAUCGACGGAUACGACGGACAGUGCAAGAAUCACAAGCACAUCGACGUAAUUGUUCAGAUGACAGUAAUACCGCUACCCUUGGAUCUGAAAAUUGCAGCACAAUGCUGUUAAUAUCGCCACCACGAAGCGGUAAUGGUGGCUCAUCGGGUACCCCACGGCUGGUUCCAAAUAGUCAUGCUCGAUCCGCAAGUGCUCAUAUUGUAUAA